AUGGAGACUGGUUUUUUGUAUAGAAAUGGAGAAGUUUCUCUGAAAGACUUGGAAAUUUGGUACGACCAUGGUCUGGUGACACCGGAGGAUAGGAUUACGAUUUGUGAGACAAAUGGAGAACGAUCGAUUUUCAAGAUUAGCACUCUCAUCAAUCUAUAUGGUUCGGAAGCUCCAUUCAAGUUAAUCCCACUAAAACCACUGCCAACACCUCGAUCCAUAAGCUCCGCCCCCAAGAAAGCUCCGCCUCCAAGGGCAUCCGGUCCGACAGAACCACUGAAAGCCGAAGCAGCUUCUCCAGUGUGUCCAAGAAUCAUCGAAAACGACAAAUUCCAAAGCUCCGCCCCCAAGGGAAAUGGGCGGAGCUUCUUACAUGGGUACAUCCGGACCAGCAGACACACAGAAAUACGAAGGAACUCCAGAAAAGAAAUUUAUGAAGCGAUGAAGGAUUUGGAAAUGAUUUACAAUCAAUUACCAAUGUCAUAUAUUAUUAAGAAAUUUGAUUUUCUCAAAAGGCGUAAUUUCGCUAAUGGAUCGUUUAGUACGGCAAUCUGUCGUUUAUGCAACCAAACUCCUUAUGGAAUUGAACUAUUCUUCAAUCAUUUAUUCUCCGAGGGACAUAUAAAACUAUUAUGUCAUUUUUCGAUUUCAAUGCAAUCGAUUUGUUGGUGGAUGGAACAAUUUCAGAAUCGUCCACAAGCGAUACCGGCACAGAUUCCGGUAAUUGAGACUCCAAAGAGGGUAGUCGAGGUUUUGGAAACCCCACCAAUCCCCCUAUUCUACUCCAACACCAGCAACGAUAUCCGGAAACUUUCCACAUUCGACAUUUCUCAAUUUGGAUUCCAUUUUGCGCAAUUACAAUGGAAAUAUGGGAUAUAUUUGGAACGUCGCUUCUCUAAAAUUCGGAUUCCGGAUUUCUGCAACCUUUGCCAAGAAAAAGUGGUUCCAAAUCACUUCGGCAUGACUUCCCAUAUAUUCUCUAAUCGCCAUUUGAAUGGAUUAACUGGAAUUUCAAAAAGCGAUUUGAACUUUUGGAAUAAUUAUUUCAAAUUGGAAGUGGAGAUGGAGCAAGUGCCAAUCGAUGUUAAGAAGAGGAUUUUGAACUUUAGAAGUGAGUAUUAA